GCGCGCGCGCGUCGAACACUUCGCGCGCUCCAAACCAAAGCCCCUCUUAGUAUGAGCACAAUCCCCUUCUCCUCCUCCUCCUCCUCCUCUUCGCUCUUCCCCUCCUCACCAUGCUCCCCCUCAAAACCCUAACCCCCCUCUCCUUCUCCCUCCCUCUCUCCUCCUCCUCCUCCUCCCAUCGCAUCAUCUCGCCAUUGUCGUUGUCGUCGCCGUCCUCUUCUCGCCCCGGAUGCUCCCUCGGAUCCCAGAAACUAGCCGCCGACGCCGUCCGAUUCGAAUCGGCUUCGGGAUCGGCUGAAUCGGCGUCCGGGAACAGCGGGGGCCCGGGGGAUUCGAAGCAUUUGGAUGGGAGGGAGGGGAGCGGGGAGAGGAAGACGACGACGAUCUCCGGGAUCCACGUGCCGCGGCAGAAGUACAUAUCGGUCCCGAAGGCGGAGCUCCUUGAGGCGGUCCUUGCGAUGUUCGAGGCCGAGGAGGAUGCCGCGGAGUUCGCGCGCUUCGCCAAGUUCUUAGACUUGAUACUUCACGCUGAACAUAAAGAAUUACUUGAAGAAAUGCGAACCUAUUAUUUGUCUACACAUCAAGAAGACAAGGAAACUAUUAGUUGUCCUUCAAUUCCUAUGAAUGAAGCUGUAUUGAAUGGACAGCAUAUAACCUUAGAUGGUUUAAAUGGCUCUGAAAAUAGUCUAAAAGAAAGUUUAAAUAUGGAAGAUGAGUGGACACCGCACUUUCCGGAUAGCUGGGAUCUAAGAAGUCUAUUUAAAUCAUCUCCUUGGACAGCUUCUAGCAGUACUGCGUCCGAAUCGAGAGUUGCUUUUGCAACUCAUUUUCAGCAUUCGUUCAUGAAACUUCUACGUGACGCUCAAUUUCAAGAGCUAUCUGCGCAAGAAUUGUUGUUGACAUAUGCCUUGAAUACUGAUUAUCUCUUGACACUGCCAAUAUACGUUGACUGGAAAAAGGCAUCUGAGUCGAAUGUCAUAAUAUUCAGGCGUGGGUAUGCUACCGAGAGGCAGAAGGGCUUACUUCUAGUUGAAAAACUUGAUUACCUACAGUCGAAGCUCUUGCAAAAAGUUUUCUUCAGCCUGUCUACACCCUUAAAGAACAUCAGUAAAUGGCUUAGUGAGGCACUGAAAAGUUUGAGUGGGAUGGAAGAUUUGCAAAUUUGGAAUGAGAAAGUGAAGCAGUGGCUUAAAGAGCAGUAUUCUCCGGAGAAUUAUCUUUCUUUUGAAGAAAGUUCCUCUGACAACAAAGUGGGAUCUGAUACAAAUACGGAUCUUCCUAUUUGGAUUGCCGCGCAAAGGGCAGUCCCUCGUUAUAGAGGACUGCUGUCACCUGUUGGCCCCCGUGGCCGGCUUAUCAGGAAGUUGCUUACAUGGACUGGAUUAAUUCCUUCGCUACCAGAAGCAUCAAAUUAUUGUGAUAUUGAUAUGAAGUAUUCAGAAAAUUAUUUGAGGCCUAAUUUCUUACCAAGAAUAACUCUUACAAAUAUAUGGGAACCUGCAUCAAGAGAAUCUUGUGGCGGCAAUGUUUGGGAGACACUAAAAGCUUCUAUUGCCAUUUUAUUUCGGCGAUCAACCCUUCAGGAACCAGCUUUCCAAGAACUGAUUCUGCUUUAUACUGAUGAAUCAACUCAAAGUAGAGCUAGAGAUGAAAAAGAUAUGCUUCCAUUGCAGUUAAAGAUAUACGAGAAAAUACCAAUUCCAGACCUUCCAGUUGUUUUUCCUCAUAAGAAGCUGUCCUUUCGAAUCCUUGAUACAGUGCGGUUGGAUAUUGCCACUAUAAUAGGACUGUUGGCUUACAUUGUCAAUUACAAAUUUGAAAACAUAGUCUCGUCUCCAUCGGCUAUUCUUCUUGAUGUGGUUGCAGUCAGUGCUUUGAUAAUAUAUGUUUUUCGUGUAGUGUUGGGCUACAAACAGACUUGGGACAGGUAUCAGCUUCUGGUCAAUAAAACUCUUUAUGAGAAAACUUUAGCCAGUGGUUUUGGUUCAGUUUACUUUCUUCUUGAUGCUUCUGAGCAGCAACAAUAUAAGGAAGCAGUUUUGGUGUACGCACUUUUACUCUGUCCAAAAAAGUAUCAGAUAUCCUGCCGAAAAACCAUAGGGGAUGCAUGCGAACAUUUCAUGUACGAUAAGUUCAAAGAAAAGAUUGAAAUGCCUAUCAACAAGGCUAUGGAUACACUGGUGAGAUUGGGCUUGGUUAUGGAGUUCCCCAUGGACGAAGACCUCAACGUUGUAGCUCUCUCGUGUUCCGAGGCAUGCGAGAUUCUAAGGAAACGUUGGGAUAGCUUAUUGGAACAAAACUCAUGAAAAACUUCUGAAUGCAAGUCCGAUCUCGUUCUUUGUCAGAAUCUGGAUUGAUGGCGUAAGCUCGCAAGCAUGUUGGAGCAUUUUUAUAGACAAGGUAUACUUCUCUUUUUAAGUUUUCGUUAUCUCUGUACAUUCAUACCCUUGUAUAUACUUGAUGAUCACACUAUUUAUUGGAAUGUAAAAUGUAAUUACUCAUAGCUAUAUUUGUAACGACCUGACCCAAAACCAGCAGGUCAAAAUGCUCAAGCUCAGUUAUUAGUACUAACUCCUGAUGUCCUCUGAUACCAAAUACAAUGAUCUUGUCCACUAA